GUUCUUCAAGGUCGGGACAGUAUCAGCUGUUGAGGUCGUUUUUAUAAUCAGUUGUUCAUCAACCUUAGUUUUGAAAGGGUGACAGUCUUACUGGGAACUACCCUUCUUUAACUACAAUAUUGCGUAGUUCACUUCGUUGUGCCCUAGUAGCUACUAGGAAAGUAGUGAUGAAGGCGUAUAUUUAGGCGAAAAGUAAAAAAUUCGGCGGCAUCUCAAAUGGAGAACGACAAAAAGGGAAAGGUUCUCAUUAUUUCCUCAUGACAGGCGAGAAAUGGGACUUUGACUCGCCUCUUCACUCUUUUCCCCUUAUUUUCUAACUGAAUGUCCCCGUUAUUUACUUCUUGUUCGUCCUUUGUCUUUAUUGGUUGCUUUAGUUGAUGGUCACCAACCAGCCUUACGUUAUGAUGUUUUUAGGAGAUGAAUUAUCUGUGGCUUCACUAUUGUGGUUUGAAGUAAGACCCUUAGGUCCUUAUCUCGUUUCUUACCGACCUUCCCAUGCAGUAUGUUAUACUGUAGGUGAAGUAUUCCACGCUAAUUUCCAUCUUAUAGCCUCAAAUACUAUAUGUUAGAGUGCCAGGAUACUGAAGAUAUCUUAAAAUCUAGUUGUAUCCCUUGAUUUUCAAAUGUAUUUCUGAUGAUUCAGUUCACGAUUUGACUUAUGAAUCCUCGCUGAUCAUCCUAUAGGAUGAGAGCCUGUAGACUCUCAACGUGAUAUUCACAUACCAAAUGCUUGAUUAACUUCAUGUCUCCAACUGCUAAACUUAAAAGGACAUUCUCCCUACUGGUUGGUUCGGAUAUAACUAUAAAAUUUCUCUUACCUAAUGGGAUUAUAAUACCACUUACAGUGAAUUCAGAGUCAACAUUAAAAGAAAUCAAAGUACAGCUUUGGAUUUCCGCAGCAAAAUUACCAUUAUUUGAUAUAUUACAAUCAAAGAAUGACUACAUAUUUGUUGGUGUUAACCGAGAAACUGGUGACGAAGAAGAGUUUUAUGAUAUAAAUCGUCGACUUCAUGAAAUUCCACUUCUUUUACCUUACUUACGUGUUACUGAAAUCGCAAGAGAUACUACCCUAUUAAAAAUCAGUAAUCAGAAUGUUGCGAUCUCCAGUUGUACAGGUAUACCACAUACAGAUAUCAUACGUGCUUGUAGAACAAACCCUGAAGUAAAAUGGGCACGAUUACGUUUAUUACGUGUAGCUAAUAUGCAUACAAAAGCAUUGAAUCAAACCGGAUCAGAUGGCUUGAUCCGUUACUUAACUUCAGCUAGUAAACGUGAACUAAGCCAGUCAUUAAAAGUUCUUCUCCAAAAGCAAACACAUCUUACAAUAACAGCAUGGGUAUUAGAUGGUAAAGACCCACCGGAAAAAUGUCGUGUUGUCCUCGAAUUGGAUAAGAAAGCUACUGUAUUUAACGCUCUAAAUGAAAUUUUGCAUGCGCAAGCUGAACUGGCUAGACAAGAUUGUCAAGUUAAAAUGAGUUAUGGUCUCCCAGAUGCAUCAAAUUAUUUACUGAAAGUUUGUUGUUCACAAGCUUAUCUAUUCGAUUUGAACGAAUUACUCAUUCAAUAUGAAUAUAUACAACAAUCUAUUGAACAUCAUCAACAUCCUUGUUUAAGUCCAAUUUUAAAGAACGACAUUAAACAAAGUUUGCAUAACUGUCUUAAUGAAUAUAAUAAAAAUCCUAUCUAUCAACUGAAUCAUAACAAUGAUAGUUCGAUAAUCUAUUCGAAAUCCACCCUAAAUACCUAUACCAAUAACUUUGAUAAAAACAACAAUAACUCAAUUGAUUUGUAUCAACAGUUAGAAAAUUUUUUAAUCAAUCAUGAUAAAUUUGAUAAAUGUGAGACUAAUGAAUGCAUAAGCAACAUUGACGACAAUUUUAUCGACUGUCGAUCAUCUAUUGAUUUCAACAAAGACGAUGAUACAUCAGCUUUUGACGAUAUUGAUAGUGCUCACACAGUCCUCUUAUCUGAAAACUGUUCUUCAAAAAAUGCUGAAGGUAUUCAAAAGAAUUUAACAUCUCCAUUUACACUCACUUCUGACCGUCAACAAAAUGUAUCUCUUUGGGAACUAAGUGGAUUUUUAAGUAUACAAGUUUGUUCAGCACAGUUUCUUGUCGAAAAUAUUACAAGUUUAAAUUCUUCUUCCACAACCUCCCUCUCUUUAUCAACAAUUUCAUUUCCGUCCUCUUCAGUACAUCAGUCAAAUCCUAACUUAAAUGUUGUACAGCAUACAAGCGUACAUGGUGGAGCUGCUUUGGAUGGAUGUUAUGUUGUACGAGUGGGAAUAUUUCAUGGUAGUCAGUUUUUAAUUGAAUGUCAAACAACUAAAGAAAGACCGGGAAACUACUUAACAUGGCGUGAAUGGCUUAAUUUUCACAUUCUUUUAGCUGAUCUACCUAUUGCUACGCGCAUCUGUGUAGCGCUUAUACGAAUCAGAAAAAUUGUGGAUCGAAAAAACGUGAGAUUUUGUGAAUACCUAUAUGGCUGGGGUAAUGUCAAUUUGUUUGAUCACAAUGGUUUCAUGAUCACGGGUGAAAUUACUUUAAAUUUAUGGCCACCCUCUUUAGUUCAGACGGCAGAUGAAAGUCUUCAUCCUUGUGGUACUGUACUUGGUAACCCCAAUCCUGAAUUCUCAAUACAGAUCAAAAUUCAUAACCCAACUCAAGGUCGUAUUCGUCGACCAACAGUGAAUUGUUUUAUCAAUGCAUAUCAUACAAAAAAAUUUCAUUCCUCUUCAUCCCAAUCCUAUUCAGAUAGUCAUUCAUUAAAAUCACGGAAUGAUGAUCAUGCUAAGAGUGCAAAAGUAGAUUAUUCAUUUUGCACAAGUGAAAUAGGUGAUGUGGAUGCUUGUCUAUGCAUAGAGUCAAAUAAUAAUUUAACAACGAUUCAUAAUAAUACUUAUAAAGGAGAUAUACCAUUAGAAUUUGUUUCUAAUAAAUCUUUUCAGAAUAACACUUUUACUUCAUCAGUAACAAAUUUAACUAAUAAAAUAUUAGAAUCAAGAUUACGUGAAAUAGUUAAUCGUGAUCCAUUAUAUGAAUUAUGUGAACAAGAAAAAGAUUAUUUAUGGCGUGGUCGUUAUUGGUGUUUAAAUAAUUUACCUUCAGCAUUACCAUGGAUAUGUCAAGUUGUUAAUUGGUGUGGUCGUGAUACAUUAGCAGAAUUCUACACUCUUAUACGUCAGUGGCCACAACCAUUUAGUGUUGACAUAGCUUUACGUUUACUUGGUGCAUUCGAUUUAACACGAAGUAAUUCAAAUCUUAUUGAUUUACCCAAUGGAAUAAAAGUUGGAGCAAGUGGAAUAGCUGAUUUAUAUAUACGCGAAUUAGCUGUAAAUAGUUUGUAUAAUCUUAGUGAUGCUGAAUUGAGUGAUUAUCUGUUACAACUGGUUCAGGCUCUUAAAGCUGAAACCUAUUUGGACAAUGCAUUAACUCGUUUUAUCUUAUAUCGUGCUUUAAAAAAUCCUCUGCAAAUUGGUUUACGAUUGUUUUGGCAUUUACGUUCUGAACUUCAUAUGCCAGAUAUACGCCUUCGAUUCAGUCUAAUAUUAGAAGCAUUUUGUCGAGGUUGUGGACCAAUUUUAGUAUUACUUUCUCGUCAGGUAACCGCUCUCAAUCGUUUAGAAGCGUUAAGUACACGUCUAAAAGAAUUAAAUAGUGAGGAUGAACAACGUGAACUAUUCCGUGAAGAGAUGUCUCGAACAGAAACCCAACAUGAUCUUCAAUGGUUACCAUCUCCGUUAUGUUUAAGUGAAAUCUUAGGUGAAUUAUUAAUUCAUAAAUGUGAUGUUAAGCGAUCUAAGAAAAGACCCUUAUGGCUUGUAUGGACAAAUCCUGAUAGACUGGCACAAUUUCAUCAUCAAAACUAUCAACUGAUUUUUAAACAUGGUGAUGAUCUCCGUCAAGAUAUGCUGACACUUCAGUUACUCAAGUUAAUGGACCGUAUAUGGAAAGAAGAAGGUAUGGAUAUGUGCUUAACAUCAUAUGGUUGUUUUGCAACAGGAUCUGAAAUGGGAAUUAUUGAAGCAGUACGUGAUUCACGCACUGUAAUGUCUAUACAAGGUGAACGUUUACGUUCUGCUUUACAAAUUGAUUCAUCACAGUUAUAUAAAUGGUUAAUGCAACAUGCUAAACAAAAGGCAAGACAGUUAAAUCAUUCACCAUUAGGUGAUAAUUCUGCAUAUGAACGAAUGAUACGUACAUUUACUAUGUCAUGUGCUGGUUAUUGUGUUGCUACAUUUAUUUUAGGAAUUCGUGAUAGACAUCCAGAUAAUAUAAUGGUUGAUUCAACUGGGCGAUUGUUUCAUAUUGAUUUUGGGCACAUUUUAGAUAAUCGUAAGAAGAAGUUUGGUUUUACUCGUGAACGUGUACCAUUUGUUUUGACAAAAGAUUUUAUUACAGUAAUUGCACGUGGUAAUCCUGAUGCUGGUACAAUAUCAACCACAACUAAUACUCCACCAUCAGUCAUCCAUAAUACUAUCGGAGGAAUAUAUAGUAAUAUGUAUUUUCAAGAAUUCACUGAUUUAUGUGGUAAAGCUUACCUUCUGUUACGCAAACAUUCAAAUCUCAUAUUAACAUUAUUAGCUAUGAUGUUACCUUCUGGAUUACCCGAACUAACUUCAGUGUGUGAUUUGGAACAUGUAAGAAAGACUUUAGCUGUCGAAAUUGAUAAUGAACAAGAAGCACUUGCCUAUUUUCAUCAUAAAUUUAAUGAAGCCUAUUCUGGUGCAUGGACAACAAAAAUUGAUUGGUUUUCACAUUGGAUGAAUACAUAAUUGACUGCACAAAAUAUUAGUCAUACCGUUACAUGAAUUCAUUUAAUUUAUUUUUUGUGAGCAAUAUGAUUUGAUAUACUCAUUUACUUAUCGCACUGUAUCGCUUAAAAAUAUUUUUGUAUAUUCUACUGAUAUUCUGCAAUGCUUUGUAUCCAAAUGAAACAGUUUUAUCUUAAACCUAUGGUUUCUUGAAGCAAUGAAACAUACAAUGCAAUUGGACGUAUUAUUUUAUUAAUAAAAUUCGACCUUAUUUGAAGUUGGGUUGGUGAAUUCCAUCUAUUAAAUUUAAUUUGUUUGUCAUUAUUGCAUUAUAUAUCAGCAUCCUAAUUUCCAAUAUACUAGGAGGCUUAGAGAUAUCUAAACUUUGGAUUAUUAAUUAAUAACGUCUGGUAAAUUUUAAUAUGAUAUUCUUCCUAACCAAUUUAAAAUUACGCAGUCUAAAUACUAGUCCAAGUCUAGAACCGGAGCUUUAGCUACUUAAUUCAGUCUAGCAACUAGCUCCAAGCUGUUCAUCCGCAUUUUAUUUCAAAAGUAAUGAUCUCUAGACUGUUGACUUUCUAAAGUACGAACUAACUAUAACAUGGUUCAUUAAUAUACUCCUAGUUCAUACAUCAACAUCUAACCAAUACUCACUAUGAGCAGAUUUUCGUUCAAAAUUUGCAAAGUUCUGUGACUGGUUGACUAAAAAGCUAUUGUAUAUGUUUUAUUUAUUUGAAACUAACAUCAAUGACUUCAAUCCUCGCUUAGAUAUCUGGAUACAACGUCCUUUUCUCUACUGAUCUCAGUCACUUUAAGAGACAAAUCGUGCAUAGAAGAUUCGUUAAAAAAGAUCAAAGAAAAUCAAUUUAAGCGUCUAACACAUGCAGUUAAAUGCAUAUACAAUGACCUUGGAAAAGAAAGCGAAAAUCUAUUAAACUGAAAGAGCUACGGAAUAACAAGAAAAUAGCGUCUUCAAAUUCAAUUAAAGGAUGAAAGAAAUAAAAAUCGUCAGCAAUUGUUGGACACACGGCACUUAGCAAUUUAAGGUGAUUUUCAUCCAGUCACCUUUCUAUGUUUUUCGUUGUAUUAAUUUGUUCCUACUAAAUUCUAUUCAUUGGCUUUGAGUGUGUUUUCACUUGUACCGAUUAUUCAAUACUCAGUUAUUUACUUUUUCCCUCGUAUUGAUUAAUUCCGUUUGAUUUUGUGUCGAAUGACAAAUGCUCAGUUUCAUAAAACAAGUAAUCAAUCAUCAUUGAAUAGUCGAUUUAUAGUUGGAUAAAAUGGAGUGCAAAUUAUUUCUUCUAGGGUCUUUAUUAAAAUGUCUUCCUUCA